AUGGAAGAAAAAGCGGCACCAUCUCUCGAAAAAUUACCUACUAAUCUUUUGUUACCUUCAAUAUUGGCAUUACAUCGCUCUUUCAUUGGGGGUGGCCCAUCCAUUGCUGGAUCCACAGUCACUUGUGGAAGUGAGUUUCAUGAUAAAUGGAGUAUUCCGGACUCCAUUGAACAAGUCAAAACUUUGUGUGAGACGGAGCGUUUAGAAGGUACUCCUCAAUCUCAAUUGGCUCUUUGCUUACACCUUAUGGAAAGUGCAUGGCAAGCUGACCCCGAAAACAACACAAUAAUAUCUCCUGAACCUGCCAAGAAUCAAAAUUUAUUUUCUACUUUAUUACCCCAUCACACUCAACAACCAGGUACCUUAGGCGAAGCCAUGGUUAUGGAAGCAAGACAAAUGUUGAAACAAUUGGCAAAUUCUAGUCAAAAUCUUGGUCAAGGCGGAGAAGCAGAAGCACAAUUUCUUUUGGCAUGCUGCUAUGGUAUGGGUGCAUUAGGAUGGCCCGUCAAUCACUACCGUGCAUUCCAGUGGUAUAACCAAGCAUCUAAACAAAACCAUCCAGAAGCCACUUAUAGAACAGCUGUUUGUUACGAACUAGGUAUUGGAACAGAAAAAGAUGGUGGUCGUGCUAUUGCUUAUUAUAGAAAAGCUACUCAUUUAUCCCAUGUGCCCAGUAUGUACAAGUUGGGCGUGAUUUUGAUGCGCGGAUAUUGCGGAAAUCCGGUAUCAAAACGUGAAGCUGUGGUUUGGCUACAAAGAGCUGCAUCUACUGCGAUGGCUCCCUUUGUACCCGGUGAUGAUGUUACAACAAUUGGAGGUACAGAUGGAGUUGCAUUACCUCACGCUUUGCAUGCUUUAGCUAUGGUUCAACUUACAAAAGAGUGUGACGAGACAAGCAUGAUUCCUGAUCCCAUGUAUGCAAUUAAGCUAUUGCACAAUGCUUCAAGGCUAGGUUAUGCUCCCAGUCAAUCUAAGCUAGGUGAAUGCUAUGAAUGUGGGCAUUUUUGUGCUGAAGAUGAACCUCAGUCUAUUUAUUGGUAUACUCUAGCUGCCGAGCAGGACUAUCCAGAGGCAUGCUUAGCUCUUUCAGGUUGGUAUCUCACAGGAUCACUCAAGACAAAUACAUUGAAACAAUCGGAUAACCAGGCGUAUCUUUGGGCAAGAAAGGCCGCUUCAUUAGCCAAACAAGUCUAUAGGUUCAAGUCUUUGAGUGCAAAGGCAUACUAUACUUUGGGAUUGUACCAUGAAAAUGGAAUUGGUGUGCCCAAAUCAAUCGACACUGCAGUCAAAUGGUACAAAAAAGCCGCACAUUAUGGCCAUGUCGAGGCUAUAAAAUUGAUACGAUCGCAACACAGUGCCGUGAUUUAG